UUAUGUGUUUGAAAUACACUUUGCAGUAGAUUAUAAGCAUUUACAGGAAAUAGACUUUGCUAACAGACUCUUGGGGUUUGUUUUUUGGUAUGUCUUUUUGCCUUUUUUAUUUUAUUUAGAACAAAUGUUGACAAACUUUUUCUUAAAGAGCCAGAUAGUAAAUAUUUCGGGUUUGCUGGCCAUAUAAUCCCUGAUACAACUAUUUAUCUCUACCCUUGUAGUGUGAAAGCAGUCAUAGGCACUAUGUAAACAAAUGGCAGUAACUAUGUUCCAAUAAAACUGUAUUUACAAGCUGGGUAUGGUGGUGUGCACCUGUAGUCCCCGAUACUCAGCAGGCUGGGGUGGUAGAAUCACUUGUGGUCAGGAGUUAGAUGCUGUAGGAUGCUACAUUUGUGCCUAUGAAUAUCCAUUGCACUCUAGUCUGGGCAACAUAGCAAGACUCUUGUCUCUGGGGAAAAAAAAUACAAAACUUUAUUCACAAAAACAGCUCAGUCAGUGUUUGCCAACCUCUGAUUUAGAAUAUAGAACUUUAGAAGUAGAAGAGACUUCUAGAAGUUAUCUGAGCCAAUUCUCCUCUGUCCUCUUUAAAAGUCUGGAUACUAAGACUAAGAAACAAGAAAAUGUGUCUUAAUCUAAACACAGUUCAAUAAUUGGAUAGGCAACAUAUCUUUGUAUAUUCUUCCUUCCACUAUUGAGUCUUUUCUACCUCUCAAUUUGUUUAACUUCAAGUCAUAAAUCCUGUUGACUUUCAGUUAUAUAGAAUCAUAGAGAUGGAAAUGAAAUUGGUUAUUUGUACUCCAUUCUUCAGAAAGGCUCGUACCUAAUAUAUCUAGAAUUAAGUAUUGAAAAUUGGAUUAUGCCUGCAGUUUAUGCUGGCCAUUUUUCUCAUGUAAUAUGGCUUCAUCCUACAUGGGCUCAGCAAAUCAGAGAGGGCAAGCAUCACUUUUUAGUAGGCAAAGACACUUCUACCACAACAAUCAGGGUUACAAGUACAGAGUAUUACUUCCUAAGUGAUGGUCUUUAUGUACCUGAAGACCAGCUGGAGAACAAAAAACCUUUACAAUUGGAUGUAAUUAUGGUAAAGCCUUACAAACUGUGUAACAAUCAAGAAGAGAAUGACCCAGUGUCUUCUGCUAAGAAGCCAAAGCUUGCACUGAAAAAUUCAGAAAACACUGCGUCUAAUAACAGUGACUCUUAUUCAGAAGGACUGGAAAAGGACAUGGUGGAAAAGGACAUGGUGACACAGAGAAGUGACCAAACUUGCCUAGAACCAUCAUGUUCUUCUGAAAGUCAGGAAUGCCAGACUACAGUCAGCACUGGAGAAAUUCUGGAAAUUUUGAAGAAAGGGGAUUCAUUUGUUUUAGAUAUUGACUUGGAUUUUUUUUCAGUCAAGAAUCCCUUUAAAGAAAUGUUUACCCAGGAGGAGUAUAAAAUCUUACAAGAGCUGUAUCAGUUUAAAAAGCCUGGCACCAACCUCACAGAGGAAGAUUUGGUAGAUAUUGUUGAUACUCGAAUUCAUCAAUUAGAGGAUUUAGAAGCUACUUUUGCUGAUUUGUGUGAUGGUGAUGAUGAAGAAACUGUACAGAGAUGGGCUUCAAACCCUGGAAUGGAAUCACUGGUUCCACUUGUACAGAGUUUGAAAAAACGAAUGGAAGUGCCAGACUAUGAAAUGGUUCACCAGGCUGGUCUAACCUGUGAUUAUUCAGAACUUCCUCAUCAUAUCAGUACAGAACAAGAAAUAGAGUAUCUUAUUCAGUCUGUAUAUUAUUUACUGAAAAGUUUACCAAAACCUACUGUUGUGACAAUUGCAAGAUCAAGUCUGGAUGAUUACUGUCCUUCUGAGCAAGUUGACACCAUUCAAGAAAAGGUCUUCGAUGUGCUUCGCUCCCUCUAUGGGACUCUGGACAUUCACCAGGUGUAUUCAACAGAGUCUUCUCAACCUUGAAACAAACAAAACAUUAGUCUCCUAUUAUAUCUUGGCAUAGUAACAGGGUUUUCACUAAUUUAUUUGUAAAUGAGUCUUCCAAAGAACACUGUUUUCAUAUUAACUUUCAGCUGAAAUCUUUCAGGUAUUUUGAAUCUCCAAACACCUAUCAUCAGUUGUUGAAUGAUGGCAGUUUUUUUGGCAUCAAGUCUAAUACUCCCGAUUUAUGGAAUUAUUGCUUACCUUUCUUCCUUUCUAUCAUUGUCUUUAUUUUUGCUAGGGUAUUUUUUGCCUCUUUUACUCCUAGAUCAACUGGACUGUAUGAGAUUCAUUCGUACAUUCAUUUAUUCAUUCAACCAACAGAUAUUUAUUAAGCACUUACAUGUGCCAGACUUGCUGCGUAUAUGGUAAUAAACAGAAUAGGAAAAGUCGCUGCCCUCUUGGGGGAGACAGAUGGAAAACAAAUUAUGGAUUGUAAGAAGGUUAUGAAAAAAAAUGUCUUAGGCAUGCUCUUAGGACUCAGGGCACUCUGGCAUUAUAGGAAAGUAACAUUUUCAAAAGCUACUACCAAAAAAAUAAAAACACCAAACUUGCCAAUCCAUGAAUAUAUUGCAGGAAGUCUUCCUUCUGGGUAGACAAUAUAGCUGUUGGGAUUGUGGUCUAGUUCUUACCAAAUGCUCUCCAGGAUUGCUGGUGUUGAGGAGAUCUGGUAGAGUAAAUUUGACCCAACAAAAAUCAAUUUUUGUGUGUGUGGCUAAUCAGAAAAGCCCUUUAGGAUGUUUUCCUCCAGGUGGUAAUUGUGGGCGUGAAUUAUCAUUACAGUCCCCAAGUGCUCCUUUACUGGCAAUCUGGAUUUCUAAUUUUUUUCAGGUAAACCUACUUUUUAUGUAAAUAGUUAAGAAAAACAUUGAAUCUUUAAUUCUGACAUGCCAUGAAUACCCAAAGACUUAAUGUCUUCCACCAGCCUCCUCAUGAGUAAGACACCCUUCCUGAGUCCCUUGUAAUCAUGGUACUUUUUGCUUUCUCAAUUUGCCAAAUCUUUAGCUCUUCAGUAUCCCUUUUACUCAGUAAUCAUUUGUAACUAUUUCUCUUCCUUGAAAAGGUAAGAUGGCAUUUAAAGAAAAAAAAAAAAAAA